UGGUUCUGCAUUUCUGGAUCUCUCUAGAAUUUCACAAACAAUGGAGCUUGAGCUUCAAGGUCAACCCGGUUCCAGUGGAUCGGGCUCCAGCGGAUCGCAUGUGGUUAGCAUCCACGAUGAGGAGCUGCCCAGGCACCCCCGAUUUCUUAGCCCAUCUACUGUGGACUACAAUGCCUACCACAGGCUAAGGCCACCAGAGCAGCCAAAGGAUGUGAACAAGGACAUCAUGUCUAGCUUACAAAAACAAGUAGACGACCAUAACAAGCCAAAGCACAGGACAAAGUUUACUUAUUCAGAGAAGUGGAUCUUUUUCCUCAUUAGCCUGGGGCUAGAGACUAUUUCAGCUUCUUUGAUCAGCUUUCAUCCCCGAGUAAGCCCCACUAUGCACUAUAUGGUAUGUUGUUGCCUAUUGCGGCCGUACUCAUCUGCAUCUGUGAGCUCAUUCACAAGGGUUACAGAGAAAGAGUUGAAUUCAAGAAGUGGGGAAGGAUAUGGUGGUAUUAUCAUCCAUAUCCACCAAACAGGCUUUUUGGUAAUUUUCCUGACAUUUGUGGGCUAGUUCUUGCAAUCGCUCAAUGCAUUUGCUCUGGGGUUCAGUAUGAUUACCUCCAUCGACAUGCUAAUAAUCCUAUCAAACUAUCCAUUUUGCCUUUCAUGUUUCUUUUAUCUUUGGGUCUUUCAAGAUGUUGUAAAGAUUAGCAAAGUAAGGUUAAAGAUCAUUGUAUUGAGGUUCUUAUUAUUAAUGUAUGUAUUUGGUGUGAUGUUGGCUAUUGCUGCUGUACUGUCUUGCAUCUGGGAGAUCAUUUGCAAGAACAAGACCACAGCGAAGGCCAUUUGGUGAUGUUCUUGACAUUUUUGGAUUACUUGGUGCCAUCUCCCAGUGUCUUUGCUCGACAGUUCAGUAUGUUUACUUCGUUCGGCAUCAUCAAAAUCCUCUCAGAGCCUCCCUUUUGCCUGCCGUCUUCCUUGUAUGUUUGGGUGCUUCAAGAUUGAGUUGUAUUCAUUUCAAACGCACGAGACCGCUGAACAAAAUGACUGAACAUGGGCAUUUUAGCUAGGGUUAUGCCUCAACUUCUUGUUGUAGUUUCAUUGGUUAGGUAUAAGAGUCGAGAGAAAAUGCUAAAAUGUGCCUCUUCUUAAUUAAUAUCAGUGUUUUCAAAGAAACUGCAAUAACAUUUGCUUUGACAACUACAGAUGAUAGUAUAUGCACAAGCCUUC